CCACAAAGUUCCAACUGCAUGCAUGCCAGCCAUCAUCGAAGACGUACCUCCCAAGAAGGUGGGGGGGGCGGUGGAUAAAAAUUGCGGGCCCAUUUCUCCCUUCUUUGUUCGCCCCCCUCCCCUUCCCUUCCUUAUUUUCCUUGUUGCUGCCGAGUCUGCCCCGAGAUGCAAAUCAUGUCUUCAUCCAUCACCCCUACCACCGCCAUCACCACCACCAACAGCAGCAGCGAUUACUCCCUCAACAACCCCUUCUCGCCAAAGAAGCACAUUUCUCUGCAUGUCAGACACUUGCACCUCUUGCCCAACGCUUACCAAUCAGCAGGAGCGGAUGCUCAGCGCAUCACUUUGGCCUACUUUGCGCUGUCGGCCAUCGAUUUGCUGAGUGGGGUGCCGCACGAUGCGGCACGCGUGGAUGAUGAGGAGAGGAGAGAGUGGAGGGAUUGGAUUUGGGAUAGGCAGGUGGCAAGCGGCGGUUUUGUCGGCUCGCCUGUACUGCAAAGCGCAAAGGAGGCAUACAGCCCAUCCUCUGUCAGCAUCCGCGGAGACUUGGCCCAAACCUACACGGCAUUGUUGGCUCUGGGCACUUUGCGCGAUGAGGAGGGCCUAAAGACGAGGUUGGACAAGGAUGCUCUGUGUGCGCUGUUGAGCCAGUGCCAGCAGCAGGAUGGAAGCUUUCGAGCUUCGCCUGAAGAACAGGGUUCGGACGUGAGGUUCGUGUUCUGCGCAUUUGCUAUUGCUCAUCUGCUCGGACAAGAUGGCUGGCGAGCUAUAGACUUGCAGAAGACAUUGGGCUACUUGGGACGAUGCAGGACGUUCGAUGGAGCAUUUGGGCAGAGUCCCGGAGAGGAGUCUCAUGCCGGCUCAACUUAUUGCGUGCUCGCCUCGCUCCGUCUCGGCGGUCAGCUCCACACUUGGCUAAGCCCGGCGGAACAGCAAAAGACCGUCCAUUGGCUUUCGCAUCGUCAAGAUGUCACUACCGGAGGCCUGGCAGGUCGUUUGAACAAAGAAACGGAUGUGUGCUACUCGUUUUGGGUCGGAGCUUCUCUCGCUAUCUUGGGGCACCAUGAUCUGCUCGACGCAUCAGCGGAUGUGCGAUGGAUUCUGAGCGCCCAAUCGCGCGUGGGCGGCUUUGGUAAGGUUCCAGACGAACCACCGGACCUUUUGCACUCCUAUUUGGGUCUGGCGGCUCUGGCUCUUCAUGCUCACGAUGACGAGCAGGAUAACGCUAGAUUGGAGGCCGAUGGUCCAUCGGAGCAGCAUGAAAGUGUGGAUGCAGAGACGAGGAGCGUAAGAAACGAGCUAGGCAAGAGCAUCCAACCGCUCGACGCUGCGAUCAAUCUGCGCAGAGAGAGUGCGGAUUGGCUGCGCCGCACGCUGAGGUCGUCUGGCCGGACUGCAACCUGAAGCCCGCACUUGCAGCACCUCGCGCUGGUCCAGCUCACUCAACUCGAGGACUUUCCUGCCGAUGACGUCCUGCUCCUGGUGAUCCCUUGGCCAUUCGACGCAGCCCGAGCUCGCACAGCCGUGAGCUUUGAACGCGACGCGCAUUCGACGCAGUCAAAAGUCACAUUGAGCGUCGUUGCGUCCCAUGACGGACGUCGUUUGCCUCGCAUCAAGCCGGUCAAGUGGUGAGACAAAUGCCCAACCCCCCACAAUCUUGGCUGCUCGCGUCUUUUCU